UAGUCUUGACCCACUUUUAUGAAGACCAGGAUAUCAUGUAUAAUUCAAAAAAACAAAUAGAAUCGAUAUUUCAAAAAAAAAAUGUUAAGAAAAUCGAUUGAAAAUAUGGAAUAUAAAAGAUUUGCAUAUAUCUUAAAAGUGUUUGGUAACUAUAAUUUCCAUAUUUUAUGAUAUUUGGUCAUGGUGGGUUUUUAAUUUUUUUGUUAAGAAAAAAUGAUUGUACUCAAAUAUGGAAAUAGAAAAGAUUUGCAUAUAUCUUCAAAAUAUUUGGUAACUGUACUUCCCAUAUUUUAAGAUAUUUGGAAUAUAUAGAUUACUUAUCCUAAUAUAAAUAUAUUAUCUAACAAAGUGUGGAUAUUCAUUUUGUUCUGUGUCAUUUUUCGUAGAAUAUAAAAUCUAUUAUCCGUAGAACAAAAUUUUAAAUUUUUAUUGAACAAGUUUUAGUUUUCGACAAAAUAGUACUACAUUGACAUGAGUUUUUUUUUUGAAUUGUUCCUAUUUUUCGUAAUUUUUGGUUUUGUAAAACUAUUUGUUUCAUUAACUUUGAUAAGAGAAAGAACAAAAAGACAAAAUUGGUCAAAUAAAUAAAGACAAAAAUAGGAUAAAAUAAUAUUAUUCUAUAAGUACAAACAUGCUAAAUUUUUGGUCUACAUUUCCAAAUGAAAAAAUAUACUAACUAAGUGUUCAACUAUCCUCUCUCCCCUCUCGGUUUCUGUUUCUAUAAAUACGGUCUUAACUCUUGAGUUGCAGCAUAGCAUAAUUAAAUUUUGAAAAGAAAAAAAAACAGAAGAAAGAGAGAAACCAUGACUAUUAGCUUAAGGUUUAUUAUAGCUGCUGGUCUUAUUCUUUUCCUUUCUCGAUAUGCUACAGGUAAUUUUUCUUUAAAAAAUAUUUGAUAUAUAUAUGUGUGUGUAUAUGAUAUUUCACAUGUAUAAAUAAUUCAUUUAUUUUGCCAGGUGAAGCCAUGAUGAGAAUCCCACUCAAAAGUACGAAAACUUUGUGGAACAAGGACGAUGUAACUUUAACAAAUGUUAAUGACAAUACUUACUUCGGGCAAAUUAUGGUAGGAACUCCGGGUCAGCCUUUCAACGUGUUGUUUGACACCGGGAGUUUCGACCUGUGGGUUCCUUCUUUAAAAUGGCCUAAACCGGGAAGCAAAAGGUAUAGAUCAAGCGCAUCAAAAACUUAUAAACCCGAUGGUAAGCUGCAUAAUAUUCCGUAAAUACGAUUAUCGUGUAAUAUUUUAUGCAUGUAUAGUUAUAUAUAAUCGGUGGGUUUUGUGUCUGUGAAUUUUAAACCUAUCUGCUAUAUAUAUGUACAGGGAAGAAAACAGAAGUCAGAUACGGAACAGGUUCUCUGAAGGGGUUCAUGAGCAACGAUGCGGUAGAGAUAGGCGGGUUACGCAUCAAGCAGCAAGCGUUCAUCGAGGCAACUGAAGCUCCGGGUAGACGGAUUUACGAAAGGCCAUGGGAUGGCAUAUUUGGACUUUCAGGCCUAUCCAAAUCGACCAUCACAGGAGCUCGUCCCAUCUGGAGAACGAAGAUGGAUGAAGGAGUGGUUACAAAGAAAGUGUUCUCGAUAUGGCUUCGACGGUACAGUGAUUCUGCUGAAGAUGGUGGGGAGAUAGUCUUUGGAGGUAUAGACCAAGAGCACUUCACGGGAGCUCAUACCUACGUUCAUGCUGAAGGGCUGCUUAACAAAUUUAUGAUGUACUCCUUUUUUGUGGGCAAAAUUGACACGAAAGUUUGCUCCAAGGGAUGCAAAGUUGUUGUGGAUACGGGGAGUACAUACAUUCGUGGUCCACCGAAUUUGAUCGUCAAGAUUAAUAAGCAAAUCGGAGUAGCAGCAGACUGCUCUAAUUAUGACAAGCUGUCUGAAGUUAUAAGUUUCACAAUAGCUGCAAAGACUUUUACCCUCACACCACGCGAUGUAAGUUGCCAGAGACAAUACACAUAUAUAUUACUACUAUUCUUCCUUUCACUAUUCUUUUUACUUAUUUUCUAUAAAAUAUCCUAGUACAUUGAGAGAAAGAAUGGGAAAUGCAAGAGUGUAUUCUCGGAUGCCGUAACUGAUUUCUGGUAAGUUUUUCAUAUUUAAUCUUUAGUAUAUAUCUUUAACUUUGUCCUUUUUUUUAAAGAAAAACUCUUUACAAUUAUUUAUGUGGUUUUUGAUUGUAUAGGCAACUUGGUACGCCAUUCAUUCGAGCAUUUCAUACUGUUUGGGACUACCAGACUCCCGGAACUGUUAAAGUUGGAUUCGCCAAAUCCAAAUAAUUUAUUUUAUUAUCUCCUAUCCUCUGAUGGUAUACUCAAUAAUUUAUUAAUUAAAAUAGAAAAAGAAAUAUCGGCAAUAUUUCUGUUGUAGUUUCUUUUCGGUUGUUAAAUCAAGAGAUGUAUGAACUUAUUAUAAACUACUUACAAGAGAGUAUAACUAUUGCUAUUAUUAUGCUGCGUGGCAAUUGCGACUAGAGUUUAAUCCGACUAAAUUACACUUAACUUCUUUCAUUAUUAAUCCUGGACAUUAGUUACUUGUAUGAUCAUUUAUUAUUUCGAGUAAAUCACUCGAUCUCAAUUAAUUUAUGAUUGCUUUAACCAGUUUUUAUCUUCAUUUCUUUACACUCAACAAACUAACUUAACCCUGCUUUUAAAAUAAAGAUACAGUGAUUCAGAAAGGAAAAAAAAACUACUAUGUAUAGUAAAUUUUGAAAUGAUAAAUAAACAUGCCACGUAGAAACAUGCAACAAUUUCACGGAAAAACCAUCCAAGUUGGUAUACACAAUUUAUAUCAUACAUGAGAUCACAAGAACAAUUUAUAUAAUUCAAUCUACUUUUCCGUCUGCAGUUAAAGUUUUGAAAUGAGAAAAUAAGUUCUUGUGGACUCGGGGAGUUCCGACAUAUAUUUUACUUCUAUAUUUACAAUAUUUUUUUUUUAUAUUUUACUUCUAUAUUUACAGUAAUUAACUAACU